CACCACUAUGACUCUCGUCUGCACCCGCAUGGUGGUGCUCCUCGUGUUACUGAUGCCAUGUGCCGCCGCACGGCUGGCACCCACCCGGCAACAGCAAUCCAACACCACAGACCUCGCCGCUCUGCUCGCCUUCAAAGCACAGGUCAAGGACCCUCUCGGCAUCCUCGCCAGCAACUGGACCGCCACCGCAUCCCCUUGCUCGUGGGUUGGGGUUUCAUGCGACCGCCGUGGACAGCGUAUCACCGGCCUAGAGUUCGACAGCGUGCCGCUUCAGGGUAGCAUCGCUCCGCAGCUCGGCAACCUCUCCUUCCUCUCCAGCCUUGUCCUUAGCAACACUAGCCUUGAAGGCCCUGUGCCGAGUGAGCUUGGUGGGCUGCCUUGGCUCCAAAAUCUUGUCCUUUCAUACAACAGUUUGUCAGGUACCAUCCCCUCCACCCUUGGCAACCUCACUAGGCUCGAGGCUCUUUAUCUUGGUAGCAACAACCUCUUCGGAGGGAUCCCACACGAGUUCCAAAAUCUGAACAGCCUUCAAUUGCUAACAUUGUCAAACAAUGACUUGAGUGGGUCAAUACCAUAUGGCCUGUUCAACAACACACCCAAUUUGGGUAUAGUACGUCUUGGGUCGAACCGGCUGACAGGAGCAAUUCCUGCAAGCAUCGGCUCCUUGUUGAAGCUUGAGUCGCUAGUCCUGGAAGUCAAUCUUCUUUCAGGACCCAUUCCUCCAGCUAUCUUCAAUAUGUCCCAGUUGCAAGCCAUAAGUAUGACAAGGAACAACCUCUCAGGUCAGAUUCCUGGAAAUGAGAGCUUCAAUCUCCCUAUGCUGGAAUUUUUCUUUCUCGGUCAAAAUCAUUUUGAUGGACCUAUCCCGCCUGGUCUUUCGGCAUGUCAGAACCUUGCUCAGCUCUCCCUUGAAGUGAAUAAUUUCACUGGUCCUGUGCCAUCAUGGUUAGCAACAAUGCCCAACCUCACCAUAAUUUACUUGUCAACCAAUGGCCUUACUGGAGAGAUCCCUGUGGAACUGAGCAACUGUACUAGGCUUCUUGGUUUAGACCUCAGCGAGAAUGAGCUUGAGGGAGGGAUCCCACCAGAGUAUGGACAGUUGAGAAACCUGAGGUUUAUAAGCUUUGCAAACAACCAAAUAACAGGUUCCAUUCCUAAGUCCAUAGGUUAUCUUUCUAACCUCACUAAAAUAGAUUUUUUUGGGAACAGUUUGACUGGAUCAGUGCCACCUUCAUUUGGGAGUUUGCUCAAUCUUCGUGCCAUCUGGCUCGAUGGGAACAACCUCAGUGGGAACCUCGACUUCUUGUACAUGUUCUUAAAAUGCAGGAGCCUGAAAAUAAUUGGUAUUGCAGACAACAGAUUCACCGGGAGGCUACCAUCCUACAUUGGAAACCUUAGCACAGUCCUCGAAACUUUUAGAGUAGAUAACAACAGGAUCACCGGCACCAUCCCCAGCACAUUGGCCAACCUUACCAACUUAUUGAUUCUGUCUCUCAGUGGAAACCAGUUGAAUGGGACUAUCCCCACAUCAAUUGCUACAAUGAGUAAUCUCCAAGGACUCGACCUUUCCAACAAUAGCUUGUCUGGCACCAUCCCAACAGAAAUCAAUGGAUUAACAAGCCUAACAGAGUUGCAUCUUGAUAUCAAUAGACUCAGUGGCUCCAUUCCAAGCAGUGUCAGUAGCCUAAGCCAGAUACAGAUCAUGACACUGUCCCACAACUUAUUGUCUUCAGCCAUACCAACCAGUUUAUGGCAGAAUCAGAAACUAACUAAGCUUGAUUUGUCACAGAACUCUUUCAGUGGUUCCCUCCCUGCUGAUGUAGGCAAACUAACUGCAAUUAUCAUGAUGGAUAUAUCAAGCAACCAGCUGUCAGGUGGCAUCCCAGCUUCCUUCGGCGACUUACAGAUGAUAACCUAUUUGAAUCUGUGUGGCAAUUUGUUUGAAGGAUCAAUACCAGAUUCACUUGGAAAGUUACUUAGCAUCGAGGAGUUGGACUUAUCCUCCAAUGCACUUUCGGGUGUCAUUCCGAAGUCCCUGGCCAAUCUCACUUACCUUGCCAACUUGAAUCUCUCUUUCAACAAGCUAGAUGGGCAGAUACCAGAAGGAGGUGUGUUCUCCAACAUCACCCUCCAAUCAUUGAGGGGAAACAGUGCACUCUGUGGCCUUCCGAGAGAUGGAAUAGCGCCAUGCCUUAACAGAAAACACUCCAGGUCAAAACAACGGCUGCUGCAAGUCAUAUUACCUGCAGUAGUGACACUUCUUAUUUUAGCUGCUUGCGUGUACAUGAUGGUCAGAAGAAAGACGAAUAAGCAAGGAAAGAUGUCAGCAUCUUCAGACACAGACUUGCUGAACUACCAGUUGAUCUCAUACCAUGAACUCGUCCGUGCAACAAGCAACUUCAGUGAUGAUAACCUGCUAGGGGCUGGAGGCUUUGGUAAAGUGUUCAAAGGCCAGCUAGAUGAUGAGUCUAUCGUUGCAAUAAAGGUUCUCAACAUGCAAGACGAAACAGCUUCAAACAGCUUUGACACAGAGUGCCGCGCACUGCGAAUGGCCCGUCACCGGAACUUGGUGAGGAUAGUUACCACUUGCUCUAACCUUGACUUCAAAGCACUUGUUCUCGAGUACAUGCCCAAUGGCAGUUUAGGUGAUUGGUUGCAUUCAAGUGAAGGCCGGCACAUCAGUUUUCUAGAGAGGCUUGGAAUCAUGCUGGAUGUUGCAAUGGCAAUGGAGUAUCUACAUCACAGGCAUUUCGAAGUUGUCCUUCAUUUUGAUUUGAAGCCGAGCAAUAUUUUGCUUGACAUGGAGAUGACUGCACAUGUUGCUGAUUUUGGAGUUUCCAAGCUGCUGUUUGGAGAUGACAACUCUAUCGUGCUAACAAGCAUGCCCGGCACUGUAGGAUACAUGGCUCCAGAGUUCGGAUCAACAGGGAAAGCAUCACGGAUGAGUGACGUUUAUAGCUUUGGGAUUGUUCUCCUUGAGGUCUUCACAAGAAAAAGUCCGACAAAUCCAAUGUUUGUUGGUGAGUUGAGCUUAAGGCAGUGGGUUAGUCGAGCUGUCCCUCACAAACUCUCAAGUGUCACUGACUGUAGCCUACUGCGAGAUGAAUUAAGGCAUGGCAUAAACCCGACAAGUAAUCCAUCAGAAGAGAGGUCCACCAUCUUGAAUACUUGCCUAAUGUCCAUUGUUAAGUUGGCCUUAGUUUGCUCAAGAACUGCACCUGAUGAGAGAAUGCCAAUGGAUGAUGUGGUUGACAGAUUAAACAAGAUCAAGUCAAAUUACUGUUCUAAGCUAGCAAAUUAAGGGAGUGAAACUUGUAACUUUUUUGUUGUUUUUACAUUC